AUGAAAUUCAAAUGCUUAUUGCUAAUUUUCGCCUUUACUAUUGUUUUAGCAGAUGCAGUACCUGGUUCAUUGAAACGUGACGCGGACGCAGAAGCCCAACCCCCAUGGGCAUGGAAACGUGAUGCGGACGCAGAAGCCCAACAGGGAUGGAAACGUGACGCGGAUGCAGAAGCCCAAUCCCCAUGGGCAUUAUGGCAGAAGCCGCCUUGGUGGCAUGAAAAAUUUUACAAGAAAAUAUUAUUUAAAAAGAAUAUCUUAAUUAUUACUUGGAUGAAAUUGUUAGAGAUGAUUAAUACCGGAAAGAGGUACUUUAUGGAGAUCUUAAAACGUUGUGGAAUAACAAAAAAGAAGGUUGGUUUGAGAUUGAAUGAAGGAGACUGGAUGCUGCAUUUGUGGAAAUGUCAUAAGAGUUGUUUAGAUUCAUAUGGAAUUAUUGAUCUUUAUGGAUUUACAAAAAAUCCAGAUACUUUGAAUUAUAUGGUAGUAAUGGAUUAUGCAAACAAAGGUAAUUUGAGAGGAAAUUUAACAAAUAUAGUAAAAAAUAAUUGGAAACAAAAAUUACAUAUGUUAUACAAAAUUAUUUCCGGACAUAAACAAAAUCUUAUUCAUUGUGAUUUACAUGAUGGCAACGUUUUAAAUCAUAAGGAUGUAGAAGAUGAAGAAGAUGAAGAAACUGAAAAUUAUAAGAAUGAAAAGGUUUAUAUUAGUGAUUUAGGAUUAUGUCAACCUGUAAAAUCAUUUUUAAAAAGAUAUGAUAUUUAUGGUGUUAUACCAUUUAUGGCACCUGAAGUUUUAAGGGGAAAAUCUCAUACUCCAGCUAGUGAUAUAUAUAGUUUUUCUAUGAUUAUGUGGGAAUUUACAUCUGGAGCACCGCCAUUUAAUAAUAGGGCACAUGAUAUUCAACUUAGUUUAAGUAUUUGUAAAGGUGAACGACCUGAAAUUAUUGAAAAUAUUCCACAAUGUUAUGUAGAUUUAAUGAAAAUGGGUUGGAAUAAAGAUCCAUUAAAAAGGCCAUCUUCUGAAAAAAUUUUAAAUACUUUACUGAAACUUGCAAAAUCGGGACUGUGUAGUAGCUAUGUAGCCGCUAUAUAUAUUAUAAAAAAGUAG